GAGCUCUUUGAAAAACAAGGUCAGAAAAUGGCCAGAUCUCCAACAGCUAUUAGGGAGGUGUCACAACAGAUACCACAUUCUUAAUAUUAACAACCAGAGUGACAACACUCAAGUGAUCACACUGCUGGAAAAGAUCGAGAAAAUGGUGGCACAAAACAAGGACCAAUGUCUUAAAAUCAGCCAAAGCAUAUCUGCAUUGAUUCAGAAAGAAAAAACAACACAGGAAAGAGACAAACAAAAAAUACUCAUUGAAGGAAAACAAACGACUAAACUUCAAGCGGACAACAGAGUUGUGCAACAACAUCUGUCUGAUAUAAGGACUGUGAUAGUUGGAGCUUCUUGGGCUGCAAGAAGUUCUGCAGGCAACAUCAUUCUGGGGGAAGAAGCUUUUGAAGUUGAUGAUUCAAGAACAACAGUGCGCUGUGCCAUUGGUCGUGCUAAAGUACAUGGCCGACAGCUAACAGUGGUCGACACUCCAGGCUGGUACUAUAACAGUCCUCUUGAAAACACAUCAGAGAUGGACAAACUUGAAAUUAGAAGUAGUGUGUAUCUAUGCCCUUCUGGACCACAUGCUAUUUUGUUAACUGUUCCCGUUGCCACAGCUUUUAACAAGUCUUACCAAACUGCUGUGGAGGAACAUAUGAGACUUUUUGGGGAAAAUGUCUGGAAUCAUACAAUUGUGCUGUUCACUCGAGGAGACUGGCUUGGCAAUACAACCAUUGAGGAACGUAUGAAGACAGAAGAAGGACGCAUUGAGUGGCUGAUGGAAAAAUGUGGAAACAGAUAUCAUGUUUUAAAUUGUAAACAGCACAAUAACAACACACAAGUUGUGGAACUCCUUGAAAAAAUUGAAAAAAAUGGUGAUGGAGAACAGUGGUUGUUAUUAUGUUCCAGAACUAAUGAGUGAUCCAGUCACUGAGCUUGAAAAGAAGAUCAAAAUCGCAAGUACUAACAAGUUGAA